UCGUGGACAAAGUACUUAUGCUGACUGCUCUAUUCAUUUGACAGGUCAAAUCACUAAACUACAACUUUACGUUCCAUCCCCUAUGCAGCAGCGUGAUGGUUGUGAUCGUCCUGAUGCUCGUGUUUGGCUACCACUGCUGCUGCAAUGGCUGGUGACGUUGCCGAGUCAAAGCCAUCGAGCAACGUGCCAGCGAAAAGGAGGAGGAAGAACACGCACUCGGAAUUUUUGCCCACAACGUACGGUAGGACCAAGUUUCGGAUGCCACCAAAGCCUAGAACUGUGAUGGCGGCGCCCAUGAAUUGGCUGUAUCCCGUGGAAAGUUCCACCAGACAACCCAGCCCGAGAAACGACAACGCCACGGCACCCAACGUGGCUACCGCUUUGACCUUGGACUUUUUGAUCUUCUUGAACGUCGCGUCUUCCGAGUCAAAGGUCAGGGCGCCAAGCGACAGCAGAGACACCUGCAUGACGCCAGUGGUCGCGUACACAGCACGAGUGGCGUGGUGCGUGGCGUACUGGCCCAUGCCAAACAGCGACAGCGCGGCUUGAAGGAACGGCACCAUCAAUGAGUUCGUGGAUACAAACCAGCGACUGG